AUGAGCGGGUUCCUGGAUCUGCCAGCCGAGCUAAUCGAGAUAAUUGGGGACGCAUCAAACACCCAAGGCGACCUUCUGGCUCUAUCCCGAACCUGCCAAUGGUGCUAUAGCAUCCUCAACCCACGGUUGAUCCCGUACAACAUCAGAAACAACCAAAGCUCCGGUCUUCGCCAGGCAGCUCGUCUAGGCGACCUGCAUCUCGCCUGGCGGUUCCUCUGCCGUAAAGGAGCUGACAUUAAUAGCAAAGUCACCCAUCGGGAUGGUACCUUUGAAACGCCUCUACUUAUUGCCAUGGAGCACAGUAACGAAGACAUGAUCCUGCUGUUGCUUGACCACGGAGCAGACCCAGAAAUGGGCGCCAGGGAGUACAGUCCCGGGAUAUUCUUCGAAGCCUGCGCAACUGGCAAGCUCCAAGUUAUGCGCAAGCUCGUGGAAAUGGGAUGCGUGAAUGACUUUCGCAGAUUUCCCCUGUCCUAUUUCACAGUGACAAGCCUGCCCAUGCUUGAGAUACUCCUGGAGUGUUUCGACGCACAGGACCCCAGCCCUGAUGGAGAACAGCUUUCCCAGAUGCUUUUCGACGCGGCGUCUGAUGGUGCUGUAGACAUCGUUCAAGCGCUACUCGAUAGGGGCGUCCCUGCUAAUCCGAGCGGAACUUUGGUGUCUGCAUCACGAGCGCCGUUAUACGGUGCUAUCUUGGGUGAGUCUCCUGAGGUUGCCAACCUUCUUCUGCAGAAUGGGGCGGACUUGUGCUAUGAUAUUCAGGACCUCAGGCGGAUUUGCAAUGACUUCUGGCCAUGUUGGGCUCUUCGACUAGAUAAUGAGCGUAAACGCCGACGACAUGAAGUACUGGAGCUUCUGCGGUUGGCCACUGCUUCCGUUCCUGAUCAUGUUGAUCGUGCUGUAGUGCGAGAGAUGAUUCAAUCUCUCAAGGUCUGA